GUCACCGGCCCUGUUGCGGAGGAUCAGGCGGCAGCAGUAGCAGAGAUGUGCCAGGUCCAGCAAGGGCCUGAGGAGUAUCGUCCGUCCAGCCCCGACGAGGCCCGGGGUGACCUAGGUGCCAUGUUUCGUGCCGUCCACCAGCGGAUCAAGGACUGGCAUCUUAAGGUCCGCAGGGCCAGCAGCAGGUCAUCCACUGUCAUCAACGCAGAUCAUGUGACCGCGGAUGGGGCGGCUUUCUACCUGUCUGGCUCACAGCACCAGACGCCGAUUUUACCAGCACCAGCUGAAGCGGUGCUGUCCCUGGGAGCUGAUGUGUUGCCCGAGUACAAACUGCAGAAACCUACAGUCCACAAAUGGACCAUCCUGCAUUACUCGCCUUUCAAGGCGGUAUGGGACUGGAUCAUCCUGCUGCUGGUCAUGUACACGGCCAUAUUCACGCCUUAUGUGGCCGCUUUUCUCCUCAGCGAGGAGAAGGCGGACAAGCGCAACAAAAAGUAUGGCGACGACCCAAUAGUGGUGAUCGACCUGCUAGUUGACGUCAUGUUCAUCAUCGACAUCCUCAUCAACUUCCGAACCACGUAUGUCAACUCUAACGACGAGGUGGUCAGCCACCCCGGCAAGAUUGCCGUCCAUUACCUUCGGGGAUGGUUCAUCAUCGACGUCGUGGCAGCCAUACCCUUCGACCUACUCUUCCUUGGAUCGGAAACAGACGAGACGACGACGUUGAUCGGUCUCCUGAAGACCGCCCGCCUCCUGCGGCUGGUGAGGGUUGCCCGUAAAAUCGACCGCUACUCGGAGUAUGGGGCCGCGGUGCUCUUGCUCCUCGUGGCCGCUUUCGCGCUCAUUGCUCAUUGGCUGGCUUGCAUCUGGUACGCAAUCGGCAACGCCGAACGGCCUUUCCUAGAGAAUAAGAUCGGCUGGCUGGACGCCUUGGCAGAAGAUACUAAGCAGCACUACAACAAUAGCCAUGGAGGGCCCUCCAUCAAGUCCAAAUAUGUGACGGCUCUCUACUUUACCUUCACGAGCCUUACCAGCGUGGGUUUCGGAAACGUAGCCCCCAACACCAACAUGGAGAAAGUCUUUGCCAUCAUCGUCAUGCUGGUGGGAUCUCUCAUGUAUGCCAGUAUCUUUGGAAACGUAUCGGCAAUCAUUCAGAGGCUGUAUUCAGGUACUGCUCGGUACCACACUCAGCUUUUACGAGUGAAGGAAUUUAUACGCUUUCACCAAAUACCAAAUCCUCUACGACAACGGCUGGAAGAGUAUUUUCAGCACGCUUGGACUUACACGAAUGGCAUAGAUAUGAAUAUGGUUUUAAAAGGUUUUCCAGACUGUUUGCAAGCGGACAUAUGUCUCCAUUUGAACCGGAACUUGCUCAAUAACUGCUCCGCUUUCAAAGGAGCCAGCCCUGGAUGCCUUCGAGCUCUUUCCUUGAAGUUCAAAACGACGCAUGCGCCACCUGGGGACACAUUAGUCCACCGGGGAGAUGUGCUGACAGCUCUUUAUUUCCUCUCUCGAGGAACGAUAGAGAUCUUAAAAGACGAUGUCGUUAUGGCCAUUUUAGGCAAAGACGAUAUCUUCGGAGAGAAUCCCUGCAGCUACAGCACUGUAGGUAAAUCUCGCUGCAACGUCCGUGCCUUGACGUACUGUGAUCUGCAUAAGAUAAAUCGCGAAGACCUACUGGACGUGCUAGACAUGUAUCCAGAAUUCUGGGAAUCGUUUUCCACCAAUUUAGAAAUCACAUUCAAUCUUAGAGAUACUGAACAAGCAGGGGUAGAUCCUGAGCUUUUUAGGCAUAAACAAGUGUACAAAGAGCCAGAUUCAAUAGAUGAAGGAGAUGGUGGUAGUCGAACCAAUUCUCUGUUAACGCCCAUUUUACCACCAGAAGAAGCACGUACCACUGCCUACCAGUACCCUCGUGCUCGAAGAAGAAGGAGAAGGCCGAGGCCUCCUUCUAGUGAUGAAGGUACUGGAUUCAGCGAUGAAGACGAUCGACGGUACAGCGGCAUGGGCAUUCUAGAGUUCUCACCCACAAAGGCGGGACAAGAUGUCACGCCAGCAAAUCUCAGUUUUGGACAAAGGCAGAGAUCUGGCACGCUACAUUCUAUAGCAGGGUUGCUUCGAGACCUGCGGCGCAAUUUCACAGACACCAGAGGGCCCAAGCCAGAUGUCUUGCACGGAGCGAUAACAGCAGUGACCAACCUGACAGCGGGUCCUGUGCUGACUGCAGCGUCCCAGCCAUCUCAAGACACCCAAAUAUCACGUCCUCCUAGUUUAAUAAUGGCCCGUUCUGAUACUCAAACCGAACCUCAAGAAACGAAAGAAAAAACACCGCUUUUGGAUGCUGUAGAACCGAGUAUGCAAAAAAAUUACCUCCUUUAUGCUUCCCAAACGGUCUCCAUAGAUUCCACUCCUGGAUCCGUUGGUCAAGUCCUUAGUCCGCAAGCCAUGUUCUCCUCAUCCCAGCAGCCACUUACAACUUGCCAUAGGAGCCCUCUUGAAAACUUGUUGGAGACAAGGCGACCAUGUUCUGGACCUUGUCGUCUCGGGACCACGACAGGCGGAACCUCCAGCAGUGGAGCACGGUCAAGUUCUAGUGUGACCAUACCCCUUACCGGUAGUUCCGUCAAUGGACAAAGUCCUGGAGACGAUAUAACCUCCCCCCAUCAUCAACCUUUCCCUUUGGUCAACUCAAGACCUAAUACUCAAAUGCUAGAAAACAAGCUGGACAAUCUCAGCAGGCAAGUCCGAACGAUAGAGACACGCCUGACUACUGAUAUCCAGACGAUCAUGCAGUUAUUGUCUCACAUAGUCACCCACUCCGGGGUCUCCCUCCUCGGUAACACAACCACCGUCUCCAAGGACCUGGUUUCCCUGUCCUCUGACCUGACCCCUGAAGACGGCGGUGCAACGACUUCUUCCUAUAGGCAUCCGGGAGGUAAGCCCCGGUGUCGACAGUACAGGAGAGCCGUUAGUCUCCAAGGCAGCCUUUCCCCUCUCACGCCUGAGGGGGUCUCUCUCAGGUAUAUGUGCAGGAGCCUCGACUUACCUAGGAGUCAAGAUCAGGAACAUUUGUCUACUGUUCAAGACUCUGAGCUGGAUGAACAAACAGAAAAUGUUCAACAUCCCCAGACAGUGCCUGCGACACCUGCCAACGAGAGACUGCAAGAGCAGCCAACUAGGUGUGCCUCACAACCUCUGGAGCGUCCAAGGCUCCGGAUGGUCCGCCUCAACAGGCACCUUUCGGCAGAUCAGAGCGAACCUUCCUCUCAUGACUGGGAACCACCAGGAGACGUAGUCGGCGGCUCUGCGGGGGUUGCCGUACAACAACAAGGAACACUCCUUCCAACGUCUUCGGCAGCCCAUAUCAACACCUGCUCCUCAACUUCGGCCCUUUCCUCCAACAAGACAGAUCGAGGCCCAGAGAGGAAAACCACCUCCUGGGACGAUGUGUCCAAGCGAGGGGGUCCUGCGGGUUCUCAGUCAUCCGAUGUGUAAAUAAUGUAAAGUUCGAUUUUUCGGGUUCGUUGGGUUUUUAUUUUUGUACCGCCAGAGCCUUGUGUGUCUAUUCGAUGAUGUAGACAGUGCCUGAGACUCCUUUUGCCAGACUACAGAAAAGCACCGGUGGCGUAGCUAUGUUCCGAGAAUCAGAAUGGGGGUGAAAAACCACGUCGACUAAGCACACAUGCAUACCCCAGCGGGCUCUGGUAUUUCACUUGCACCGCCUGCGCACGUGAGAGCUACGCCACCGUGCACAACAACAACCAAAGGAUAAACAAAAUAAACAAAGGGACUCGAGUCGACCUUCAGUUCCUCAGUACCACCCCCAUCCUAAACUCUCCCUUGUUCAGUUCCAGGUUGCCUUGAAAAAAUAAUUAAAGCAAAUAUAUAUAUAGAUAUAUAUAUAAACUUUUACUCACGAGAGCUGGGUUGUGUUUGUCUGGAAGACGAAAUGAACAGAUAUCUUAUGUGUGACUGACUACCAAAGGCGAUGGUGGGUUUUCAAACUCAGGGAGACAGAAGAACAAACCCCAUAUCAGGACGAGUCACUUUAUUCUCUAGUCCAAGGUCUGUGAUAAGUUACGUGUGGUCCUCAUACGGGGUGCUGCAAAAGAGGCUGGAUUGUGCAUUAGCUGUGAUUUUUUCCCUUUCCUUUCGCUCCUGCUAGGCAAGAGCAAAGGGACUGAUAGACUGGACUGCUCUCGUAUUGUGUAUAUAUCAUAUAUACAUAUAAAGAUAUCUAUAUAUAUAUAUACAUAGUCCACUAUUAGGUGCUGGCCGCAGCGUGGGUGCAAUACUUUUAGCUAAAACAGAAGCUAUAGAUGAGUAGGCACGAAAAUAGAGCACGAGUGUUGCCCCACGCUUCUUUCAUAAACAUUUUUCAUGGCUUUCAAAUACCCGGUGCAAAAAUAUAUAUGCAGUCGGUCCUCGUAUAACGUCUUCUUCGUUCGCGUUAUUUCAUUAUAACAUUGUAUCUUUUUAAGAGAAAUUUCAGAAACCGUCGUCCUUCAUAACAUCGUCCAAAUAUCUUUUGUCGUAUGAAGGAAGUUAGAAUGUGAAAGAGUUUGGUUAUGAUUAGCAUAGAAUGUAAAUCAAUACAAACUAGUAAUACAUAAUGUUUUAGUAACAUUUUUAUACACAGAGCUAUUUAGAGGUAGUGUAUUAGUGGUAAUAAUGGUUCUAAUAGUGUUAAGAUUGGUUUGUAGUUUGGGAUGAUUUUGCCAAAAUGGAUGAUGCAGUUCCAUCUCGACGAAAUCAUAUUUACUCUUUUGUUAAAAUUAUAACGAGAAUUUAACAAACUAUUAUUUUUUAUAUAACACUAUUUAGUAAAAGUCUGAGUAACAAAAAUGAAUUGAUAAAAAUGAGCAAGAAAAUGUAAAACAAAAAUGUUUUUGAGAAAUGCUCAUUGCGAAUAAAAAUUUAUAAUUUAGUAGCCGUGCAUAUUUAAUAUCUACCACAUAUAAAAAGACGCUUUGAAUGCCAUUUUUCCUAAUGUACUGCAAACAUUACUAAUUGGUAUAACAGAGAUUCUACUUAUUAAUAAUGCUUAGCACAAGAAAAUUUCUCUUCUUAGAAUAUCACCCCUUCUGUCUUAAUUCUUGCGAAAAUAAUAGAUUCCAUUAACGUAGUUUUCCAUAACGGCGCAUGUUUCAGAAAAGUUUGCUUAGACAUUAUGCGAGGAUUUACUGCAUAUACAAAAGAGCCUACUUCCUUGUCGCUAACAUAAUUAGCAUCAGCGACGCCUACUACUGCUUUUUCAAUUCCAUACUCACUACAGUGAAAAAAAGCUACCAAUAAAUAAGUCAAAAAAAAGUUAUAACGAAAAGCUCUAACCUAACUGCGUAGAGGUUAAUAAUAUAUCUAAUCCAUCACCAAUUUCUUUACCUUUCUAUUAAAGGGCCAUGUUUUUACCUGCACACGCAAAAGAAUAAGAGAAAAAUGUCUUCAUAACUUAGUAUAUUAGGUGAACUUUAAUCUGGUAUCCUACAAAAGGAUUCGUUUCAAUCCCCCUUUCAGGGGGACCCACUCGCCUUGACUGGGCACCUAGGGGCCUUCCAGUCCAUGCGCUUUAACUUUGCACUCCUGCCUGCUUCCUUACUUCUCUACUACUCUAUCUCACCCAUCUUGUACAUACGUUCGUUAAGUACUCACAAAUAAACAAAAGCUCCAUUUUUAUAUAAAUUGUUACAUAUUUUACAACAGAGGGUUAGACUUAAUGGUGCAUUGCAAGAGAAUCGUUGUCAGCGAGCCUUACAAUGAGAAAAAAGGCAAUCGCUGCUAUGCUAACGCCGUGGCCUUCCUUUUACAGUUAGCGGACUGUUUCUGUUGCAGACCCUACAUCUAUUUUGUUAAUGGAUCAUAAAAGCUUCAUCCCACUUGGUUCUCAAAAGAAAAACAAGUUCUGUAUAAUAAAGAGACCUAUGCAACUAUUA